CAUCAGACUUGGACCUGGGAGAAGGAAGUUUUUUAAAUGGACACCUUUGUUACCUCAGUCCUUGCGGAGAGAAGAUGUGUCAACGCCCCCGGCCUCUGCGAUGUAAGUUCCUGUUGAGUUGUUCAACGUUCCAUUGAGAGGGGGAGAGACAAGCAGGACCGGGAUCCCGGCCCCGGGUCUUCCGGAAACGGCGGGGCGAAGCGCCCAGGGGCCUGUGCGGCCCUCCCUGCUGAGCGAGGGGGCCUGUCAUUGCCAUGGGCGCGACCCAGACCCCAACCACAGUGCAUCCCGCCCUGGCCCUGCCAGGGAAGGAAGCUGAGUCUGGGGUCUGCUGGGCCAGCAGGGAAGUCCCAGCAGGGUGUGAAGCAAGACUUUCCGGGCCACUCCCGGAAUCCCCCAGCAGAUAAAGGCGGCCCCGCCACCGGGCUCUCCUAGCGGUCUCCCCGCCCUGCCGCCCUGCCGCUAUGUCCCGCCGCUGCGCGCUGCUUGCCUGGGCUCUCCUCGGCCUCCUUCGACUCGGAGAGGCUCAGAAGACAGAAGCCCCGGCCUGCUGCAGCCCUAUAGUGCCCCGGAACGAGUGGAGGGCCCUGGAGUCAGAGUGCACCCAGCGCCUGAGCCUGCCCUUGCGCUAUGUGGUGGUGUCGCACACGGCGGGCAGCAGCUGCAACACCCCAGCCUCGUGCCAGCAGCAGACCCAGAAUGUGCAGUCCUACCACGUGAAGAAACAGGGCUGGUGCGACGUGGGCUACAACUUCAUGAUUGGAGAAGACGGGCUCGUAUACGAGGGCCGUGGAUGGAACUUCAUGGGCGCCCACGCAGGUCGCUUCUGGAACCCCAUGUCCAUUGGCAUCAGCUUCAUGGGCAACUACAUGGAUCGGGUGCCCCCACCCCGGGCCCUCCGGGCAGCCCAGGGUCUACUGGCCUGCGGUGUGGCUCAGGGAGCCCUGAAGUCCAACUAUGUGGUCAAAGGACACCGGGAUGUGCAGCGUACACUCUCUCCAGGCGACCAGCUCUACAACCUCAUCCAGAAUUGGCCACACUACUCCUCCCGCUGAGGCCCUGCUAAUCUGCACCCCAUUCCUCUCCUCCCAUGGCCAAAAACCCCACUGCCUCCUCCUCCAAUAAAGAUGCAGCUCAAAA